GUUUUACCAGUUACUAAUUAAUACAUCAUCAUCAUCUGACCAUCUCAUCAUCAUCAUCACCGCCACUAGUGCCAUUUCUCUCUCUAUCACAACACGACGCUGCGUUUUGUGACUGACUGGACUCUCUCCUUGUUAUUUUCACUACAACGAUUAUUCUUUUUUUUUUUUUAAUUAUUCUUUUAUCAAAUUUUUUUUUUUUUGUUAUUAUUAUUAUUCAACGUCCCUAUCAAAAUUUCCCUAUUUUUUUUUAAAGAAUUUGAAAAGAAAAUCAGAUUCGAUCGUAUCAAUCUCUCUCAAUUAUCGAUCUUCUUCUCAACAUUAUAUCACAUUCAAUCGGUUUCUGUUUCUUACUUCUUUUUCUUCUUUGUUAGGGUUUAGUUUUGCUUAUAUUUUGUGAUUAAAAGGGGAAGGUACACUGAUACUUGGAAGAAUUGAUUGAAAGGAGGGGUAUUUUUGGAACAUAAAUUUAUGAAUUCGGGGCAAAUGUUUAAUCCGGGCAUGGAUGCUGCCCGGGAAACCAGCGGAGUUUCAGGUGCCGUACUCAUUCCAAUGCGGUUCGUUUGGCCUUAUGGAGGAAGAACUGUUUUUUUAAGCGGUUCUUUUAAUGGGUGGUCUGAGCUUUUACCAAUGUCGCCGGUGGAAGGUUGCCCUACUGUAUUUCAGAUUAUUUGGAGUGUACCACCAGGUUUACACCAGUUUAAGUUUUGUGUUGAUGGAGAAUGGCGACAUGAUGACCACCAACCUUACACGAGUAGUGAAUAUGGGAUUGUGAACACUGUGCUUUUAACUACAGAACCUAAUUUCAUGUCUGGAAUUAAUCCAUCUGUUCCUUCUGGAUCUAACAUGGAUGUGGAUAAUGAAGCAUUUCAACGUGGGGGGUCUAACGUUUCUUUGCUUUCAGUGAAUAGACAGCUUCAGAUGCAUUCAGACAUUGCUGUUCGGAUUUCUGAUGGUACUUUGACGGAGGUAAUGCCAAGGUUAUCAGAAGCUGAAUUGCAGGUUUCCCGUCAUCGUGUAUCUGGAUUCUUAUCUACACACACUGCUUAUGAGUUACUUCCCGAGUCAGGCAAGGUUGUAGCGUUGGACAUUGAUCUACCUGUAAAACAAGCAUUUCAUAUUCUAUACGAGCAGGGUAUCUCCAUGGCUCCACUUUGGGACUUCUGCAAGGGACGGUUUGUUGGAGUUCUUAGUGCAUCGGAUUUUAUAUUGAUUUUAAGAGAGCUUGGAAAUCGUGGGUCAAAUCUGACAGAGGAAGAGCUUGAAACACACACCAUUUCAGCCUGGAAAGAGGGGAAAGCAUAUUUGAGCAGACAAAUUGAUGGCCGUGGUAGGGCAUUUUCAAGACCUCUCAUCCAUGCUGGUCCCAAUGACAACUUGAAGGACGUUGCUUUGAAAAUUUUGCAAAAUGAGGUGGCUACAGUUCCCAUAAUCCAUUCAGCUUCAGAAGAUGGUUCAUUUCCCCAGCUAUUACAUCUUGCUUCACUCUGUGGAAUACUAAAAUGUAUUUGCAGAUAUUUUAGGCAUUGUUCUGACUCAUUGCCCAUACUAAAAGUACCAAUUUGUGCGAUUCCUGUGGGUACAUGGGUUCCAAAAAUUGGAGAACCUAUUCAACGACCAUUAGCAAUGUUGAGACCUAGUGCUACCCUUAGUUCAGCAUUAAAUUUGUUAGUUCAAGCUCAAGUAAGUUCGAUACCAAUAGUUGAUGAUAAUGACUCAUUAUUAGAUAUAUACUGUCGGAGUGACAUAACUGCUUUGGCGAAGGACAGAGCUUAUGCCCAUAUUAAUCUUAACGAAAUGACUAUUCAUCAGGCAUUGCAAUUGGGACAAGACUCGUAUUCUCCUUAUGAGCUUAGAACUCAAAGAUGUCAGAUGUGUUUGCAAUCAGAUUCGUUGCAUAAAGUAAUGGAGCGUUUGGCAAAUCCAGGUGUUCGACGGCUUGUGAUUGUGGAGGCUGGCAGUAAGCGUGUGGAGGGCAUAGUUUCAAUCAGUGACAUUUUUAGGUUCCUGCUUGGUUAAUUAAGAAUAACAGCCGAAUUUCAAUCUAAAGUGCAGUGGUGUUGGAUUCUCCACAACUUAUGUGCAAAGUUUGCGCCUAUGUGUUAAAAAGCGAUUGCAGUACAUCACACGAUGAUUUGAUCGUUGUUUGGUAAAAAAUUUAUCAAGGAAGAAUGGCGUCUCUUGUUCUUGAAUGCCAUAUUUUUAGAAUUUUAGGCUGAAAGAAAAAAGAGGCAUGUAAUUUGAGACGAUUUAGUUCCUCUCCAAAAAUUUGCUCAUCUCCCCUCUGCCCAUAUAAUUAUUAUUGUUAAAACUUUGUGCCAUUAAUGUAGAUGCCGCCAUGUUCUUGGGGAGUAUGAGAUGAUGAAACCUGUAAUUGUUAAUUUCUGCUACGAAAGUUACAAGUGAAAAGUCGUGGAACCAACAUUUAUUAUUCACUUCU